AUGGAAAAAGAAUCGUGUUCUAAUCCAAGCGGCAGCGCUCUUCGUGCCACCUGCGAAGUUGACUAUCCUUAUUUUCCCUUUCGCAUUCCUGUCGACUACGUCCUCGUGUCCAGGACUGACAAUCUCAGCCGGCAGUAUCAAAGGACCCUUUUCGAGCAGGCUGCUCGUAAAGAGGGCCUCAUCAUCAAUCAUGAGUACGCGGGUCCAGUCUGUUUCACACUUAUCAGUACGCCAUUUCAACGACUCUGUCGAGAAGCCGAGAAACUGCAAUUGUCGUUUCCUCUUAGAGAUUGCCCAGUGAAUCCAGCUGCUCCGGCGUGUUGUAUCACUCUUUCCAACGCAUUCAUCACCGAUGAUACGGUGGACUACAUUAGUGCACCAUUCACUCGACGGCACGGCGAACUCUUUCUCAACUACACUAAUGAGAAGCUAUUUUUCACUUCAGCACAACGUUGUGAGCUGACACAUGAGAUCCUCACACAAAUCGAUAUUAGUCAAGAACUGGAGAAGACUGCACCACGCGACGCAGUCAUCGAGACAGAUUCCGAAAAGUCGGUGAUAGCCGAUGAACCGCUGAAGCGAAAGGUUUGCAGUAUCUGCGGAUGGAACACACUUACGAGGACUCCUUUAUACUACACGAACCAAGCCAGGUACUGUAGUUGA